UUGUCGGGCGGCAGAGAAGGAACCGGCCGGCAAGCAGAAAGCAACGACGAGUGGUUUGUGGUGGUGCGCGCGCCUAACGUCAAGAUAGAUUUCACGGAGUGUGUCGCGGGAGAUCUCGAGAGGAGGCUUCUCAUAUAUUGAGCGUGAGCAGAAAGGAAAUCAAGCGGACGCAGGAGUUAGUUCGGAAUAAGCGGAAUAGCGUGAACGGAGAGAACGAGGAAAAACGGAGUAAAGAGAUACCGCGAGAAUGACGAUGGCAACCGAAACGGAGAACAACGGCCCGGAGAGCAAGGAGAUCAAGGACGUGAAGGAGAUGAAGGAGGCGCUCAAGGACGACGCGCCGCCGGAUAACAAGCAGGAGGAGAAGGACGCGGCGAAGAAGGACGAGGCGGCCGGCAAGAAGGACGAUGACGCCGCCGCGACCGCUGCUGCCGGUGGCGCGGCCACGGCACCUACGAAGGCCAGCACCGUACACCACCCCGAUUACGAAAAGGAUGUUGUUUACCUGUAUCAGUUCCCGCGGACGCCGUUGUUGCCGUCCUUAUCACCGUAUGGUCUCAAGGUGGAGACGUGGUUGCGGCUCAAUGGCAUCAAGUACGAGAAUGUUGAUCACAAGAUGAAGUUCCGCUCCAAGAAGGGCCAGUUGCCGUUCGUCGAGCUGAACGGCGAGGAGAUCGCGGACAGCACCAUCAUACUGCGCGAACUGAGCCAGAAGUUCGGCAAGGAUCUGGACGCCGGUCUCACGGCCGAGCAGCGAAGUAUCUCCCACGCCAUGAUUUCGAUGAUCGAGAAUCACCUAGUGUGGGUUGUCGCGUGCUGGCGCACAAAGAACCUCGAUCAAGUGCUGAAGGGCUACAAGGUCAAUCUGCAGCUCGCUUUGGGAUCACGUAUACCCAAUGCGAUUUUGAACUUCUUCUUCAAGCUCACGUUCGGACGCAAGUUGGAUUGGUUGCAGGGCGCGAGGAAAGUGAAGGCUCAGGGAAUGGGCGUGCAUAGUCCGGAGGAGGUGUCGCAGUUCGGUUGUACCGACCUCAAAGUGCUCUCGGACACGCUUGCCGACAAGCCUUUCUUCUUCGGGGAUGAGCCGACUACCAUGGACGUGGUGGCGUUCGCGCACCUUGCUCAAAUCCUGUACAUUGACAAAGACACGCCCUACAGUCUGCGAGAUUACAUGGUUGAGAACUGUCCCAAUUUGGUCGGCCAUUGCUCGCGCGUAAAGGAACGAUGCUUCCCGGAUUGGGACGAAAUUUGCUCGAGCCUGGACAUGAACACGCAUCUGCCGAAGCCUGAGAAGCAGGAGGAGAAAGAGGGCAAGGAGGAGGCGAAGGAGUCCAAAGAGUCCAAGGAGGAGAAGGAAGGCGACAAGGAGAAGGCGGACAAAGAAGAGAAGGAAGACAAGGAAAAAGACAAAGAGGUUGACGAGAACAAAGAAAAGGAGAAAGAUGGAAAAUAAGCGGUCUCGUUGUAGAAGGGAAGUAAUAAGUCGUUUCAAGGAUUUAAAGUCGAAAAGUACUGUCGGAUGAAUAAAAAUAGAGAGAAAGAGAGAGGGAUAGUUGAUGACGGGCAAAAGUGUGCGUGUGCGUGGUUGUGCGAAUGUGACGACGACGGAGACGAGAACUCUGUAGAGAGCGUGUAUGACAUGAUAAUGAGAGAAGGGAGUUGCCGGAAGUGAAAGAUUGUGUGUACGCGAAAGGGAGAGAGAAAAAGAAAGUUGAGACGGAGAAUGAGAAGGAAGAGUGCGUGCGUGUGUAUGUGUGCGUGUGUGUUUGUGUGUGUGUGUAUGUGUAGGAGAGAAACUGAGGGAGAGAGUGAGAAAGAUGUGAGAUUCAGAACUAAAAGCUCUCUACUUAUACAUAUAGAUAUUAAUAAACUCAUGUAUAAUGUUAAUACUUCGUUUAUAUACACAUUGACACACUCGAGACACACACGUACUGGAACGAUUAUCUUCUAACCCACGCCCUUUCUCUGCUCUGCUAAGAACAAACGAAAAACGGGGCUAUCUCAUAAGUCAUUAGAAACGUAGGAUUGCAAUAUAUGAAUUUGCAAUAGUCUGACGCAGCUGGGGUCUUUGUCGACAGUGGCCAAAUGCAAUAUAGCGCGUAUACGCUAUAAGAUACAAGUAGUAGAAGAAGAAAAACAAAAAGAAAGGAAGAAGCGAAGGUAGAGUCGUGAGCGACGGCAUACCGGUCCCCGCCUUCCGGGCGAAGAGCGUCCUACUUCGCUUCUCUUCGAUGAUCCUUGCUGUGCAAAGUUACCUUGCGUCCUGCGCGCAUCGUAACGUAAUUUUUCUCCUUAAUUUAGUUCGCGAUUCUUUUUUUCUUUUUUGUUUUUUUUUUACGUUCAUACGUAUAUCGCGCGUUUUACUUUCACAUUGCCGCGCUGGUUGUAGCUUUUGCAAACAGAUUUUUUAACGCGAUUUUUAUGAGAUUUUACGAGAUUUUUUAUGGGAUAUCAUUGGAACCAUCAAUGUCCAUUGAUAUCCAUCUGAGGAAGUACCGUUGCGUCUAAGAGGCGGUUCAUAGACGCGACCCGAUAUUUUAAUCGUCGAUUAUGAUAAUAAUAAUAAUAAUAAUAAUAAUAAUAAUAAUGUUAAUAUUAAUAAAUGACUACUAUUAAGAAAAAUGAUAACAAUAAUAAUAUUAAUAACUAACCGUAAUAACGAUAGUAAGAACGGAGCUCGAUGUGUCCGUACCGAAAACAAGUGUCGGGUUAUCGAUUGACUGAAUUACUUCUCUCGUGUUCUUUCAAUAAUCGAAUCGGGAGUCGAGUCACGCCAAUUGACCAGCUAGCAACGGAUGUCCUCAGGCAGCCUAAUGUAGAAUGCAAAUGGAGUUGACAAGCUGUAUGGAAAAGUAGUUCGAUCCGCUCUUCCGUUCGGCCGCAAUUCCGUUUGCAUUUCAACAUCGUCGAUCGUGCGCGCAGUCAAAUCUUCUUGCUUUAAAAUAAUACGAUACUCAUUUUUUGUAUUUUGCACGAAUACGAAAUGCUUUUGCAAUCUUCUUUCUCGAUCUUUCUAAGUGAAGCACAGAACCGCGAUAAGCGAUGUGAACGGCAUAUAUAUUAUUAUUAUUAUUAUUUUUAUUAUUACCAUUAUUAAUUGUAUAUUAUAGAUAUAUAUAUAAAUAUAUAUAUAUAUAUAUAUAUGUAUAUAUAUAUAUGUAUAUAUUACGUGUAGACGCGCGCGAAUGCAGUCGGACUUAGGUACGCGGAGAUGCCAUUCGUGUAUAAUGGAGUCAUAUUUUUCUCUCCUCCCCCAUCAUCUCUUUCUCCUCUCAUAUCUUUGUUUUCUUCUUUUUUUUAAGCGAAGAGACACACACGUAGGUUUUGAUCUCUCUUGUUCUGUCCUUUUUUUAUAUUCAAAACUUAGUGUUGCCCGCACGUGUUUUUUUUAUUAUACUUACGCGACUUUUCGGACGUGUCAAGAAAAAAAAAAUUACCUUGCGUAAUACAAAGUGUCUUUCAUGCAUCGAAAAUCGACAUUUUGAUGUAUAACGGGAAUUGAGGUUUUUUCUACGAACUUGCGUAGCGGCUGCGUAGUUUUUCUACGGCAGCUGACAAAACAUAUUCCACAAAGACACGAAGAUAUAUUACAAUUUUUAAGUAGCUUACUGUAUUAUUGAUAACGACAUGAUCACGUAAAAACAAGAAAAAAAAAAGAAAAAAAGAAAAGUGGAAAAAAAGAUUUAGUGGAUGAUGCUGUUUAUACUUAGGACGGCGCAUAUGUUUUCACUUGUGGUUAUAUAUUAUUAUAUGGAUUAUUAUGUAUGAAUGAAGAGUAAAAUAUAAAUUAGAGAAUGAAAGAAAACAAUUUUUUUUUGGACAAGACCAUAACGUUGCAAGCACAGUAGAUAGGCCCACCCGAUAAGUAAGAUUAUUAUACAUAUUAUAUAUAUAUAUAUAAGAGGAAUAUAUUAAUAAUUAUAUAUUAUAUAUAUAUAAUACGACUGCUCUCGUUUUAUGCUCGGCGCUAUACAUUUCAUUGUCAUUAUAUCACCAUUUAUUAACGAUAUACAUACGAACAAAUAAAAUGUGUUUAUAAAUAUAAAGUGAACUUUAAGAAAGUUUUUUUUGUGGUAACGUGUGUGUUUAUUGCAAUCCACUCUACAAUUUCUCUUCGUGUAAGUAAUGUGUGUUGGUGUGCAAUUUGUGGACUUGUUGCGCAAAACUGUAAAAUAGAAAGAAGAUGUUACACAAAAAAAACAAAAACAGUGAAAAGCACAUAUCAGCGAAGGAAUAAUUUAUUAUCUAAACUUUGAAGACUUAUACACAACAAUUGAGAAAUAACACUUUUUGGAAUAUUGGAUCCAUAAGGGAUACGUUUCAUUCGUGCGCGCGUGUAUCGAGGUUUUACUAUACAUAUAAUAUGGUUUUCUAGAUUUUGCGAUCUCGAAUUUGUUUUUUUUUUUUUUUUUUUUACCAGAUACUCUUCGUAUUUUCUAUAUUCGGCACAUAGAUAUGUUUUAAUAUUGCUCUAAUCCAAUAAUUUAACUUUUUAUCAUCCAUACGCAGAGUUGUAU